UUCGAUCCCCGGUACCCAAAACAACAACAGCAACAACAAAACAAAAACUAACAGCGACAACAACAGUUAAUCCUAGGAGAAGUAAUAUAUUUAGUCUUGAGAGUUAUUUAUUGGUGUGUUGUGGGAAGUGUGCUGGCCUGGAAGUCGUUGUUACUGAGUCCUAGUCUCAGUUCUGGUUUUGACUUUUGGUACAAUCUUGGAGACUGUCUAUAACUAAGUCAUGAGGGUGUUCAAGGUCCAUCAUAGCCCAUAUAUUCAGACUCAUCUGCCCAGGAUCCCCACCUUUGGGUCAGAGGUCACUCACCUGCUCUCUGGUCUGUCUGCCCCAUUAGGGCUGGGGCUGGGGUGAGGGGAAAGAGGAACCUGGAGGCAAUAUUUAAGGAACACCCAUUCUCCAGGACCUGCCAGAGCAGGCUAGCACCCGCAGAACCCUAAGAACUAGUCUUUUCUCCUCUUUCUUCCAUUCUGCUUUCAUUCUAGGUCUUAAACUACUGGGGAGCCCAGAGCAUCUUCUGAACCUCAGAGGUCUUGAGCCUCUGGGCAGCGCAGGACUCUGCUGGAACUCACUAAACAGUCGCCAGUGACCACGCCUCAAUACGUCUUUCUUUCCUCUAGGAAAAGUGACCCAGUCUGGGAAGGAAAGGUUCCUGUGUGCCACAUGAUCCACCCAAUUCUAGUUCAGCCAGUGUCUGAACUUCCCAUUUGCUAGAUGAGAUGGGCAGGAGAACCCAACAUCAGUGGAAGAUUCAGAAAGUCUGAGCCGAAAGGUAAAGGAGAUUGAGUCUCAUGCAUUCUUUUUACAUUCAAGGAAACAAAUCUGGAAAGUGGCAAAUGGCAGGGACAGCACUACAGAACAAAUUCUUCGCCUACGUGACCUAAUCAGAAAACCGGAGGUGCACAUCGAGUGUAUCGACGCUCUACUUAUGAGUCCUGGAACAAUGAGCAGGAUCACUCUAUUGCUUUUGACUACCAGUGAAUAACGAGCGCUGAUUGGUCGUGAUUCGGGAAGCGGGAGGAAAAGGGCGUGCGCCAGACGCCGCGGCGUGAGAGGGACUGCGGCGCGUUUGGAGCCAACGGUCUUGUGGGACUAUGGCGUCGCUGGGCUGUAGCACCGUGGUCUGCGUGAUCUGCUUGCAGAAUUCCAAGUACCGCUGUCCGGCUUGCCGCGUGCGCUACUGCUCCGUGACCUGCUUCAAGAAACACAAGGAGCAAUGCAACCUUAAAGCUCAUCUUGUUGAGAAAAAAAAAUCAGCUCCUCCUGUAAAAGCUACACAGCCUGAGGAAAAUAGAGAUGACGAUUCCUCUGUAGCUGAUUUUCUCAAUAGCGAUGAGGAAGAGGACAGAGUUUCUUUGCAGAAUUUAAAGAGUUUAGGUGAAUCGGCACCAUUAAGAAACUUACUGCUUAAUCCACACCUGAGACAGUUGAUGGUCAGCCUUGACCAGGCGGAUGACAAAGCAGAGCUCAUGAGAGCCUACAUGCAAGAGCCCUUGUUUGUGGAGUUCGCAGACUGCUGUUUAAGGGCCGUGGAACCAUCCCAGAAUGAGGACUCUUAGUCUGGAUUGUUGUGCUCCUUUCCGAAGCACACAGUUGACACUCAGAACUUGGCCACCACUUCUCCCAGGAGGCCGGCUGGUGCGGGGCCCUCAGCGAGGCUGGUGAUGUCCCAGAGGCGGCAGACUGGGUUUACUCGAGGUGGUGAUCUUUUGUGAGGAGACUUGGCAUACCUGUGGUUGUUUUUAUUUUAUUUUUUUUAGCAGUGGCAAAGUCGAUUUGAAAAAGUAAAGUGAAGAGUGGGAGAGAAACUGACUGCAGAGCAAGCCUGGGCCAAGUAAGGAAAAAGCAAGAUAAAAGAUCACCCUGGAGAAAGCAGGGUGCGCUAGUAUGAGGAGAGCCCUGAUAGCCGCACAUGGUUGUUUUAAAUAUUUUAUCUUUGGCACAGUUUAGGUAGACAUCAUAAAUAUCAAGUUUUAUACCCAUGAGUUAAAAACCGAAUCAAUAUUAAUAAAAUCAACACGGCAGUUCA